AUGACCAACGGCGGCAAGACUACGCUGACCAACAGCCUUCUCAAGGUGCUGCCCAACUGCUGUGUGAUCCACCAGGAUGACUUUUUCAAGCCCCAAGACCAAAUCGCAGUUGGGGAGGACGGCUUCAAGCAGUGGGAUGUGCUGGAGUCCCUGGACAUGGAAGCCAUGCUGAGCACCGUGCAGGCCUGGGUGAGCAACCCCCAGAAGUUCGCCCGUGCCCACGGGGUCAGCAUCCAACCGAACACUGUGGACACCCACAUCCUCAUUCUGGAGGGCUUCCUGCUCUACAGCUACAAGCCCCUGGUGGACUUAUACAGCCGACGGUAUUUCCUGACUGUCCCCUACGAAGAGUGCAAGUGGAGGAGGAGUACUCGAAGCUACAAGGUCCCCGAUCCCCCCGGCCUCUUUGAUGGCCAUGUGUGGCCCAUGUACCAGAAGUAUAAGCAAGAGAUGGAGGCCAACGGCGUGGAAGUAGUGUACCUGGACGGCAUGAAGUCCCGUGAGGAGCUCUUCCACCAGGUCCUGGAAGACAUUCAGAACUCACUCCUGAACCACUCCUAGUGUGACUGGGGGAGGAGGGUCUUGACCUUGGACUGGAGAGACCCACAUACAAUUCCGGCCACUGUACGGCCAGGCUGGUGGCGUCCCAGCAAGACACUGCACGACCAUUUCCCUUUGUGGAUGUCUGUACAUAUGAGAGUGGAAGCCCCACUCACAGCUCAGC